AUGUCUUCUCCAGCAAAAGAUGAAGCAGAGCAGCUGCAGGAGCUGGUCCAACAGCUCGCUGCCGCUGCUAAAGAUUAUGUCCCCUCGUCAGGGCCCCAGAACUAUAUUGAUCGAUCCAAUAUCACCCGAAAAGCGAAGGAGAUAAUGCGUCUCAUGAUGGCACCCUCAGAUAUGCCGCUGUACCAUACUGUCAAUAUGAUCGAAGUCGUCGCCAUUCGAACAUUGAGAGGGUUGGGCGUCUUCGAGAAAAUUCCCGUCGAAGGCUCGAUUUCCCUGGCCGAUUUGUCCAAGGCGACAAAUGUUCAGGACUCACUUCUUGAACGUAUGCUCCGAUUGCUGGUCGGUGUUGGCUUUGUGGACCAGACGGCCGACUACAAAUACGGGCAUACGAAGUUUUCGAAAGCGUAUACCUUUCCAGUUCCUGGUCCUGGAAACCACUUCCAGAUGUUGUUCGAUGAAAACUUCUCGACCAUGUGGAAUUUCCACAACUACGUGAAGGAAGUCGCCGGUGGUGGGAUGCCAUCAGAGCCAGACGAUUCUCAAAAUAAUCCGUACACUCAUCGGCACGGUAUGGAUGGACGGCCGGUUUGGGACGUCCUGGCCAAUUUACCGGACCGUCUCAAGGCAUUUCAGCUCGGAUUCAUGGCUCAAGAAGACUCAGGUCCCAUUAUCGGCUUCUUUGACUAUGCCGCUCUCUUUGAUCCCGCCACUGACGGUGACAGACCCACUCUGGUGGACGUCGGUGGUGGCCAGGGCCAAUCCAUUAUGCAGAUUCUUCAGGCGACUCCCAGCCUGGACCCGAGCCGAAUGGUCUUGCAGGAUCUGCCGGAACCCGUCCAGCAGGCGCAGGAGUCGAAGAUGUUGCCAGAAGGCGUGAGAAUCAUGGUCCACGACUUCUGGACCCCUCAGCCGAUCAAGGGAGCCAAAGCGUACUUCAUCAGGCGGAUCAUGCACGACUACUCGGAUGAGAAUUGCACCAAGAUCCUGCGUCAGAUCAGAGAUGCCAUGAGCCCGGACUCCAAGGUUCUGAUAGCAGACAUGGUGAUGCCCAAGCGUGUUUCCGAAGCAGACUUACCCGCCGCAGCCAUGGACAAUUGUAUGAUGGUGAUGGGAGGAAAGGAACGUACCGAAGAGAAUUUCAGCAAGAUUUUAUCCAAUGCAGGCCUGAAACUGUCCAAGGUAUGGCGCAGCAGAGAGGGAGGGGCUACUGGAAACCUUGUUGAAGCCAGGUUGAUGGACUAG